AAAAUAAAAAUAAAAAAUGGCCUACGAUGCCCGCUCGGCUAUCGUUCAGCGCACAAUAAGUGCCGUCCGCACAGGGUCAGGACGGCGCUCCUAUUGUGGGUGCUCUAAAUCAAAUUUAAAAUCCCCCCGGAUUCCUCUCACAAGCUAUUAGAAUUCAAGAAUCAUUAAUUAAAAUCACCAUGAGCACUAUUCUCCAUGUUUUCUUCUGCUUCUUGAUGUUCAUAAUUACUUCCUUCAAUCUUGGCCUCCAAUCAGGAAAUUUCUUGCACUUCAAUGGUGAUGCAAACACAACAACUCCACACUAUCCCAAACCAAAACAAUCUCAUUCCAAACAUAGGAAACUCUUGCUACAUGGGUGCUCAAAAAGGGACAUAAGCAUCUCACAAAGCAGGCAUCCAACAUCAGGAAUCCCAGAAUUCAUAGUGCAGAUUGUGAACACUUGUGUCACGGGCUGCCCACCUUCCAACAUUCAUGUGAGGUGUGGAUGGUUUGCUUCAACAAGAAUUUUGAAUCCCAUCACUUUCAAAAGGCUGUCUUAUGAUGAUUGUCUUGUUAAUGGAGGCCGUCCGUUGAAGAGCAGUCAGAGCAUCAGGCUCACAUAUGCAAAUUCAUUCAUGUACCCUUUCCAAUUCAAGUCUGCCAGCUUCUGCUGAGAGAGAGUUUUGGAGUUAUGGGAAUUAAUUGGAUUGAAGGUUAGAGACAAUGACACGUUUGAUGUAACAUGAUUUGUUCAAGAAUCUUCUGACGAUGUCAUAGAUUCUUGUAUAAAUCACGUGACUAACUUUAAUUUAGUUUUGGUAAUGGAUUUAUAGUAAUAUCGUUGUAGAAAUAAUUCGAACUAAAUCUUAAUGUCUAACCGUCGAACUACAAUAUAUAGAGGUCAUUAUUUUAGUUCA